GCGGGCCCGGGUUUGGUGUUUGUAAACUUGUCUCGGUCCCGGCGGGGGCAGCGGUGGACACGGGGUUGGCACAGUGUGCGGGGGUCUGGAAGAGGCGUCGCACGGCGGGUGAGACAGUUAGAGGCCGCGCCUGGCAGGUUUCUGAAACAGAUUGUGCACUUCAUCGAGAGGAUUCAGUUGGAAAACCAAGACUGGCACACUCUUUCUUCAGACAGUAGGCAGGAGCCAGGCAGAGUCCAGGAAUUCUUGGAUCAUCUAUCUUCCAUUUGGAGGACUCUGAGUUUUAUUUGAAGACAAAGGCAGUUCAAUAUGGCAGCAGGACUGAAGGGACAUGAAGGAGUUGUUGGAGUGAUUUGGUGACAGUUCUUCAGACAAAAGUGUCUUAAGGAAAGGUGGAUCAAGAAACCCCUGGACUUUUGGGUUGCAUUAAGUGAGAAAUCAGCAUGGCUCAGGUGACCUGACACCUCAUCUCCUUUCAACUUAGGCAAGUCUCCUGGCUUGUGAAGGCCUAGCAGGUGUGAGUUUGGUUCCCACUGCAGCCAGCAAGAAGAUGAUGCUGAGCCAGAUUGCCAGCAAGCAGGCCGAGAAUGGAGAGCGGGCAGGUAGCCCUGAUGUGCUGAGGUGCUCGAGUCAGGGCCACCGAAAAGACAGCGAUAAAUCCCGGAACCGCAAAGAUGAAGACAGCUUGGCUGAGGCCUCUCAUUCAAAAAAGACUGUUAAAAAGGUGGUGGUAGUGGAACAAAAUGGUUCUUUUCAAGUAAAGAUUCCCAAAAAUUUUGUUUGUGAGCACUGCUUUGGAGCCUUUAGGAGCAGUUACCACCUCAAGAGGCACAUCCUUAUUCAUACUGGUGAGAAGCCAUUUGAAUGUGAUGUAUGUGAUAUGCGCUUCAUCCAGAAGUACCACCUGGAACGUCACAAACGUGUGCACAGUGGCGAAAAGCCCUACCAGUGUGAACGGUGUCAUCAGUGUUUUUCUCGGACAGAUCGAUUACUCAGACACAAACGGAUGUGCCAAGGGUGCCAGUCCAAGACUUCCGACGGGCAGUUUUCUCUAUAGGCGCAAGGGGCCCUGGGUGGUGGGAGUGAUCAGAAGAAUACCGAAGAACGCACCCCCCCUCUGGUCUGAUGGUCCCACCACCACCCCGUGUGUACCUGUCCCCUCCUGGAGGAGUGGACCCAGGAGACCAGAAGAGUGCAUCAGGGGAUGGCAGCCCCAGAGCCUCAGCUCUGUAAAUAAUCUGAGACUAUGAGUAUCUCGGGGAAGUUCCUACAGCAUUCCUGGGUAGGAAAGCUAGUCCCUAGACCCUUGGCUGAGGUCAUAGGUGGGGGACUCAAGGUACAGGACCAAGACUGAAGUGUGGCUCCCACAGCCUUGGACUCCAGCUGGCAGCUAAAAUGGAAAAGAUUGGGAGAGAGGGAUUUGUUUGUUUGUUUGUCCUGUUCUUGUUUUUAAUUUAUCCAAAAGCAGUUUUAGCAGGUGCACUGUGGAUGCAGGUAAUCUGGAGGCAUAGAGCCAUGGUCACAGGGACUAUGGGUGGUCCAGCCCUCCACCAGAAAUUGAGUUUUUAGUUGCAUUUGAUCCUCAGUGUUCUACAGCCCUGCACCUCACCUCCUGUUUGGAGGAGAAUAGGAUCAGGGAUGGCAGCUGAGCUUACUUUGGCCUCCUUAUACACUGUAGGGACAAAAGGAAGACCAGUAGGAGGAGCAGACGAGGGCUGGAUCCAAGAAGAGUGGACAGGUACCUGAUAUUUCCUCUGGGGAAGACUGAGAGUUGUGCCCAUGGGUGUUGUAACGGCCCAUGCCACACAGGUACCUAAUGGGGUCAGCCUAAGUGCCUUUUGGAGGAAACUUGGGUGAGGGUGGCUCACGAAGCCCUUUCCUUCUCUCUUUGGGCAGUUAACCUUGGAAAUAGUUUGUGGCUACCUCGCUGCCAUUGAUUCCUAAGCCAGACAGAGGGGAGUCAUGGAUAUCAAAGUAGGUUCUUCUUCCUUGUGCCCUGUUAAGAACCACCCAUGACUCCUCCUAAGUUGAAUAACAACUGUUCAGGAAACAAAGGAGUUUGGUGUCCCCUGACAUGACUGUAGAGCAGUGUGAGCUGUUCUCUAUCCAAGUCCUAUCACUGUAUUUAAAUAGAGGAGAUAAGGAUCUGGCCUUUGGUCCCAAAGAACAAGAUCUUGGCUUCCUUUUUGAUGGCCUUCCCUACCCAUCGAAAGAAUUAGGGGGAGGGGUGCUGCAGAGCAAGGUCUGAGGAAGAAACCUAAUGUAGGUUUUAUUCUUAACCAUACUUUUUUGCUCCUCUCUGCUCUAACACC